AAUCAGAAGGUCCCUUUCAUGCGAACAGUCCAGAAUCGCCAUAUUGAUAUCGUGCGCUAGACAUCUUUGAGAAUCUGACAGAUUUUCUCUGUGGAAGUAUAUUUGGACCAAAAGGGCCCAAAAUAUAGUGCGAAAUGGCGACGAUAAAUCAGUGCUAGUGAAGUUUUGUGCUUGGACGUCGUGGAAGCUGUAGAAUCGGUGGUUUUCCCAAGGCGCUUCCAGGUCACGUGACCUGCGGUCGAAAAGGCGCUUUUUGGGCGAGAAAUCAACACCGUUCAAAAUCUUGUUCUUUUUGUGGAUCAGCUGAUUCAUUACGGGGUCGUUGCCGGUAUGCAUGAAUCGGUAACCCGCACUGUCAUGACCUGACCAUGCGGGGGAGGGGAAGAGGACGAGGGAGGGGUCGGCCCGCGAGGCCGCAAUUUCACACGAGAAGCGAAUUGAUAAACAAAAACAUCUUCAUCAAGAAGCCGACGUACCUUCGCGAAAAGGAGGAUGGCAGUCGUGCCAGCACUCCCGGGGGUGCCGGGCAGGGAGAGAGCGAGGAUAAUGUUGCGUCAAGAUCGCGGUCGAGUUCGGUGACCCGUUCUAGUCUGGGAACGAGCACACCCAGGAAGAUAAAGCUCAAGAAACCAAAGGCUGGGGCCUCAACCUCUGCUGACACAACACAGGACUAUUAUUAUGGUUCAGACUUUGAGAACCUCUCUGACCUCGAGGAGGUGGAUGGUGAGGACAAUGGCUCUGAGGACUCUGACAGUGAUCGAUCAGUGUACGAUGCAGACGAACUGGUCAGUGAAAGUGAACUGUCGCUGCCAAGCUCGGCUGGGGCAGGGCAGGACUAUGUGCCAGUGUCGCGGCCUCCAACCCCAGUUCCAGUGUGGCUGCAGGACAGGGAGAUACCUGAGCUGGUUCUACCACCCUCUUCGGAAGACCUUCUCAUCCCUCGAGAGCACAUUCUUCAGACGUGUGCAGUGUACGAGGUGCUUAGACACUUCAGGACUCAGAUUUAUCUUUCUCCAUUUACUCUGGAGGAUUUUGGUGCUGCUCUUUUGGCUGAGCAGCAGAGUAAACUGCUCUCAGAGGUCCACUUCCAAAUGCUUCGUCUGAUCUUGCGGGAAAACGAGAAGGAGCAGGUUCACUUUGGACCCCAGGAUCACAAGGACAGCAUCAACUCUGUCCUGUAUCUUUGUGACAUUGUGACUUGGCCUGAAACACUUAGAAUAUACCUCCACACAUGGGAGGGAAGUGGUGAAAAUGUGAAGGAAGUCCUCCACAUCCUGGACAGCAACGAGUACCCGUUUGUCCCAUUUGACGAUAGGCUGAAGGUGCUGCAGCUCCUCGUAGACAUGGUGCUGGUCACUCCAGUCAUUAGGAAUGAGUUCCAGAGGGAGGGUCCGAUCGUGUACGACGACCACUGCCGCUCAUGCCACAAGCUGGGCGACCUGCUGUGCUGCGAGACAUGUCCCGCCACCUACCACCUGGAGUGUGUCAACCCGCCACUGAAGGAGGUCCCUGACCACGACUGGCAGUGCGAGAUCUGCCGCAAGCACCAGGUGAAGGGGGUCACCGACUGUGUAUCUGACAUGGAGAAGAACGGCGCCAUGUCGCGACAGGAGGUGCUCGGCUACGACCGGCGCGGACGCCGCUACUGGUUCCUCUGCCGGCGCAUCUUCGUUGAGGACCCCGACCACCCCGAGUCUGUGGUGUACUACACUACGUCGGCGCAGUACGCGGCGCUGCUCGCCCGUCUGGACCGGACCGACUACGAGGACGCACUCUGCAUGUCGCUGCAGGAGCUGCACUACGACAUCCAGCGGCAGAUGGCGCUCACGGAGGAGAUGACCGAGCAGAGACUGAAGCCGGGCGCCGUCAGCUACCUGCAGCAGGAGAACGACCGUUUGAAGGCAGCUCGUGAGGCCGAGGAAGUGAAGAAGGAAGAGGAGGAGGGUGGAGAAGGUAACGGAGAACAGAAACCGGUCGUCGCCGCGGACGGCGAGCUGAAAGCGGAGGCCGGCUCGGCGGCCGGCGGCGGCGGCGGUGACGCGCCCUCGGAGACGGACGGCGCGGACAGGAACGGAGAGAUGGACGACAGCAAGCCGGCCAUCCCCGCACGCUCCGUCAUGGUCACCAGGACCAAGUCCGGUGCGCUGCCGUCCAAGACGGUCAAAGAAGAGGGAGAGGACGAGGAGGAGGAGGAACCCGUCAAACCGAGCAGUCCGUUCCGCCUGGGUGACGCCACGGACCGGUCGUACCAGCGCUACGAGAACCAGUACUCUUCCAAUCCGCUGGCACUCAACCGAUUCCAGAUGUCUGAGGAUAAGGACAAGCGGCGACACAUGAGCCACAAGUUCUCACUCACGCAGGCCUCAGAGUUCGAGUGGGCAGGCGUCAUGUUCGGCAACCGUCACCAGCUGCGUCAGACGCUCCGUCAGACCCUGCAGGAGCUGGUGUCCCGGCUGCCGGUGGCGCUGAUGCACCCGUCGUGGCCCCAGCUGCGACGCGCCUGGACGGGUGCGGUCACCGGCUCGUCCCGGCCGCAGGACUUUGCGCGGGCGCUGACGGUCAUCAGCGCGCUCAUCAAACCGCGGCUGCUCUGUACCGUCUGGGCCGAGUCACUCGCGCACGUAUCGGUGCAGCGUAUCACGCCGCUGGACAGAGAGGAGCGGAAAAAGGCAGAGAAGCGCGAGAAGCGGGAGCGGGACCAGGAGGAACUGGAUCAGCUGCGAAUACCGUUCGUCAAGUACAACCUGAAGAAAGUCAAACAUCAGGUAUGGAAGCAGCGCGGCGAGGAGUACCGUGUCCACGGCCAGACCGGCUGGCUGUGGCUGAGCAGCACGCGCCGCUACCGGCCGGUGCCGGCCGCCGCGCGAGGCCACGCCGCCGGGCCGCAGCGGAUGUUCGUCACAGUGGCCCCCGCCGAGGGUGAGAAGGAAGGCGACGCCCCCGCCGGUACUGAUAGUUCAACCAAGGCCGGGCUGCGUGAUCUGUGGCUGCCGAUGUCCGCGUACCGGCGUCUUCUCGAGCAGCAGGCGGCGGCCGGCGGGUCGUCCGACCGUCUCCUCACCGUGCGCCUCAAACCGGGCACCAAGGAGCUGCAGACGGACCCGGACGCGCCGGCCGAGGAGGCGGCGGUGGUCGCCCCGCCGCCGCCGCCGCAGCCUGACGAUGUGGUGGACGUGUCGGGCUGUUUGAAUGGGUUGAGAAGGCCGCACUUCCCGCGAGGAGCCCGGCCCGGCCGGCUGGAUAAGCUACUCGCGUGGAGAGAGGAGUUGGAGCGGCGGGAGAGAGGGGAGGAGUCGGACACGGACGAUGCCAUGGACGAGGACGGCGGUGAGACGCGCGUGGCGGAGGCCCAGCGCGAGCUGGCGGAGGCCGAGCGGCGGCUGGCGGUGCUGAUGGCCCACCCGUGCUACAGCGCGGCCUGCCGCGGCGGCGGCGGAGCGACCUGCUACAGCGUCUCCUGCCGACAGGCGGAGACCGUCCGUCGUCGUAUAGAGCAGCUCCGUGCAGACGCUGUGAAAACGGAGCCGGGCACCGAACCGACCACCAACCGGCCGAAGGAGAGUGGCACCAAAAAGGAGCCCCCUUCCGACACUAAAACCGACACGGGGUCUGACAUUAAACCGACCAUCAAGACCGAGCCGAUGGAGGUGGAUGGAGCGGCGGUGAAGACGGAGCCGGGCGCCCCGCCGCGGCCGGCGCGGUUCGCCGGAGUCCCCACCUCCGCCCCGGUCCGCUUGGAGGUGAUUAAACCGGUGGUCAAGAAAAACUACGUGCGCUACCCGCUGUACAGCAAGUUCCGCGCCGGCGGCCGCUGGAGCAUGUUAGUGCUGCCGCAGUGGGAGCUCAAACAGCUGGCCAGGAGGAAGGGACAGAAGGUGGUGGAAGGGUUCAACUACUCGGCAAAGAACAACAGCCAGGUGUGGCCGUACCCGUGUCCGCGCGCCUCGCUGCGUACCGGUUGGCUGUACCGCACCGCUCGGGUGUCGAGUCUGCACGCGGCCGGACUCCAGCUGAGGAUACUCUGGGCCUGCAUACGGUGGGACGAUAUCGAUUCUCGUCCGCAGCAGGUCGGCCCGGGCGAAUUUCAGAUCACCACCGAUACGGGCAUGGUGCGCUCGCUGGUGCUCAAACACCGCGACGAGGGCCGCUUCAAGGAGAGGACCAUGUACUUCCGCCGGCGGGUCACCAUCCUCUUCGACAACCCCGUCCUCGUGGAGAAAGAGUACACGUCGUCGGCCCGCAGCGGUUUACGGAAGCGGCGCCGUGUGAUCGAGUCCUCGGAGAACCCCUCCAGUGCCGUCACCCAGGAGUGGGUGCCCGAGGAGGCAUUAGAGAUCUUCGAGAUCAAGUACUACCACGAAAAACUGGAACGGCUGCGCCAGGAGCGUCAGCAGGCGGCCCUGCAGCGGCGCACAGCUGGUCUGGCGACGCCGCGCGCCGGCUCACCGGCCGCCGGCGGACCGGGCAGCCCGGCGACCGCCUCCUCCUCUACAGGGCUGGCCGGCACACCGACCACGACUGUAGUGGUGGCCGGCGGCCGGCGGGCCGUCACCUCGGCCGUCCAGCUCAAGAGCAAGCUGGAGGAGGCCGUCAGACAGAGCAGGACCAUCACCAAAGGCACCAAGUUCAUGGUGAAGCCGUCCGGUGCUGCCACCCCGGGUCAGGCGGCCGGGACGCCACAGCGGACCUACGGAGCCAUGCGCAAAAUCAUCACCAAAGACGGCAAAAUUAUCGCGAUCCAGUCGGCCCCGCCGGGCUCCGCGGCCGGCACGGUGACGGUGAGCGGCAUCCCGCAGCGUACGGCGCCUCCCACCCUGGCUCCGGCGCCCUCCCCAGGAGCCACGGUCACCGUCUCCGCCGGCGCACCCGCGGUGACAGCGGCGGCAGCGGCCGGUGGCGCCGGCGCCAAACCGAACCAGAUCCAGAUCAUCAAACUGCCAGACGGAAAACUGCAGGUCAAGGGACUCAAACCCGGUCAGCAGCUGGUGCAGCUGCCCAGCGGCCAGCUGCAGCUGGUAUCGGGCGGAACAGCCAAGUCCCUGCAGGCGGUCGGCAAGCCCGGCUCGCCAGCGGUGAUGUCGACACCGACGGCGUCCAAGGUGCGUCUGGUGGCCCCCGGCGCUCCGGCUGUCGUCAGCCCCGGACAGGAGUCGACCCCAACCUCAGGCACAGCCCCAGCGGCCGGCACGGUGGUGGGCUCGCCGUCAGGCGCGGUGACCUCUCCGGCGGCCGGACAGCGCGUGGUCCAGAAGAUGGUCACACAGGUGGUGGACCUGGCCGGACUCACCAAGCCGCAGCUGGUGGGCUGGCAGCAGAAAAUCAACGAGGGAAAGGCCAAACUGGCGCUCGUCAACGGCAGGAGGGUGAUCCUCCACAACGUCAUCGUGAACCAGUCUGUGUCCGCCGACUCGGCGGGUGAGCCCACCGCCCCCGGUGCCGGAGCGGCCGACGGCGCCGCUGCUGGAGCGGAGGGUGACGCAGACGACCAGGCGGCCGUGUCAGAGGCGCAGGGCGGCACAGAGACGGUCACGGGAACAGAGGGAGCAGAGGCGGCCGAUGGAGCCGCCGAACAGGAUGCGGAGGCGAAGCCGACGCUGGCUCCCGGCCGCCGUAUCACCGCCACUGCCAACAUUGUACAGACGGUGGCCGGACCGCGGGUGGUGAUCCAGGGCGUGCCCACCCAGGGCCUGUCCCAGUCUCAGCUGCACAACUUACAGCAGCAGGUCAAGGCCGAACUCGCUAAAGGUCCGAUGCUGACGGGUCUGCGCGAGAUCCACCUGACGGUCCCGGCCGACGAGCCGGAGCCUGCUGCCGCUCCGGCUGCUCCGGCCGCCGUGCCGACCACGCCGCCGGCGGCCCCCAUCUCCGGGCAGAGUCUACUGCAGAGCGGACAGCGUCAGUCCCUGUUGUCUCCGCGCCGCAUGACGGAGCCUGUGGCCACCGCCGGUCUGCAGGUGGAGGAGACUCCGUCGGGCGCCAUCCACCAGGAUUUCACCGUCACCCAGGAGUACAUACAGCAGAGCAUCAACAACGCGCUCAACUCUGAUAACCUGAAGCCGGAGAUAGCCGAGAAGCUGCUGCAGCUGCGUAAGAAGCCGGCCGGCGGCGGGGAUGGCGGACCGACCCCGCCGCGACAGACGGCCGCUGGGGGAGCCGGCGGACAGCCGCCCAAAAAACGACCCAAAACCGACCGGCCCCGCCAGCCGUCGUCCGGCCGCUCCCGGCCGCGCUCCGAGAAGCGAAUCAUCCGUCCGUCGGCCCGCCUGCAGCAGCUCAGCAGGCGCAAGGAGCAACUGAAAAAGGAGAUCCUGCGCAAACGUCUGCAGAUGGAGAACCAGCUGCAGCUGGAGAUCUCCAAACAGCUGGCGGCCUACCGACACGCCAUAGCGGAGCAGCGCGCCGCGGCCGAGGCGGCCGCGCGACCCGGCGGCCGGCAGCGCAGAGACUCGUCACCCAGGGGCCGGAAGUCGAACGAGCACCGCCGGAAGUCUGACGAGUCCGGCCGGAAGCGCAAGUCGUCCACCUCUCGCGCCAGUCCGGCGGCCGGCCGGCCCGCCAAAAAGGCCAAGAAGGAGCCGAAGGAGUCGCCGCGGGACACCAAGAAGCUCUACUGCAUCUGCCGGCAGCCGUACGACCCCUCCAAGUUCUACGUGGGCUGUGACAUGUGCAGCAACUGGUACCACGGCCAAUGUGUGGGCAUCUCGCAGCGUAACAGCAAGAAGGUGAAGGCCUUCGUGUGCCAGCAGUGCCAGUCGGCCAAGGAGAACAGGGAGCUGUUCUGCUUCUGCCGCACAGAAUACGACGAGUCGCAGUUCUACAUCGGCUGUGACACGUGCGAGGACUGGUUCCACGGCCGCUGCGUGGGUAUCCUGCCCUCCGAGGGAGACGAUAUCGACGACUACGUGUGCCCCCGCUGCGACCCCGAGUCGCGCAUCAACGGGCCCAACUUCCGGCCGCUGACGGACGCCAACUACGCUGAGCUGCGGCGCGUCUUCAAACAGAUCAAGAAUAACAAGAACGCGUGGCCGUUCAUCGAGCCCGUCGAUCCUGACGAAGUGCCCAACUACUACAAGGUCAUCAAGGAACCAAUGGAUCUGCAAACGAUGGAGAACCGCCUCGAGUCGCGCCACUACGGACGUCUCUGCGACUUCACCGGAGACAUGAUCGUCGUGCUCGAGAACUGCAAGUUCUUCAACCCGCCCGGCACACGGCUCGCCACGUGCGGAGUCAACCUGGAGGCCUUCUUCCGCGCCGAGCUCAAGAAGCUGCGUACCAAGAUCUGAGCAGCAUUGCCGGCGGCGGCGCGGAGCGGGACUCUGGGAUGAUUGAGUGGACUAGAAGGGAAACAUGAUUCGAUCGUAGAGUGUAGGUGGUUCUGGACCACAUUGUCUGCGUUGGUUGAAAUGGGAGUGUGAAAUUUGACAUGGGCCGUGCGUUGGUGACGUUCAGUAUGCAAGGGACUGACUUCCAGGGCUGCCAUUGGGAGGUGUUUGUGUGGGCUGGGGGAGGGGAGAUACAGUUGGGGACAGCAUGAGAGCUCCUGCUGCCGAGAGAAGAGGUCUGACGGUGGUAUGUCCUCGUUCCCGACUCUGUGUUGGAAUGGGGAGAGCUCGGUGCCGCGUGGGAUUGGUAACACUCGCCAGAGAGCAGCAGCGCAGGGCAGACUAGAGCCGAACCGCGAACGGUCCGAUAAGCGGGCUCUGUUGGGAGAGAGUGGAUGGGUUUGGGUGGCGUGGCAGGCAGAGAUGAGACCCUCGCGACUAGCAGCGAGUGGAGUGAGCCCACACUGCGCCCUGGGCGGGUGCGAGGGACGGUUACGGACGGUUACACCGCCCGGCAGAGUGUGAAUGUGAUUGCGUUUUCAUUGACUUGUAUUCUCGCCGGCCGGUUAGCGCAUUAUUCAGUCACAACUUGUACAAAGCCUCAUCAUUGUUCACCGAGUACCCACGGAGCGGCGGCCGGCCGGUUUUAGAGCAGCAUGCAGGCCGGCGGCUGGCUUUUAUUCAUCAAUUUGUUGUUUUUUUUUUCUGCGACUUUGCCAUGUUGCUAAAUAAACCGCGUGCCAGCCGGACUGGUGUUGUGGAGGGAUACCGAAC